AUGCUCCUCAGAUCGGUCUGCAUCAACGCUGUAUCCUCCAAACCGCUCCUCCUCACGCCCUCUCUUUCCAUCCUGUCGGCGCUCUGCAAGCCGAGAAGAAGUUCCCUCUUGAACGUCGACCGGAAUCCACUGUUCCAUGCCAUCUUGAAGGGGACAUUCUACAAGCAGUUUUGCGCCGGGGAAAGUGGAGCCGAGGUCACAAGGACGAUGCGGCGGCUGCGAGAAAUCGGGUUCCGCGGCACCAUCCUCACAUACGCAAAAGAGACAGUCUUCGACCACCGCACAAACACGCAGCAUGGACUGGGGGUGGCGGCAAAAGAGGAGGGAAAGACCAAAACCUGCGAGAACAUUGCAGCAUGGCGGGAAGGCACGCUCAAGACGGUUGAUCUGCUGGAGGAAGGCGACCAGCUCGCGCUCAAGAUGACGGGCGCCGGGCCCCUGGUCAACGAGCGCUUCACGGCAGGCGAUCUCCCGCCGGCGCAGAUGAUGGACGCGCUGGACGAGAUCGCGCGGCGGUGCCGUGACCGCGGAGCGCGCAUCCUCAUCGACGCCGAGUCGCAGCACUUCCAGGCGGGCAUCGAGCGGGUGGGCGUGGAGCUGAUGCGCAAGUACAACACGACGCCGGGCUAUGCUCUCAUCUAUAACACGUACCAGGCGUAUCUGAAGAGCACGCCGGGGCGGCUGGCAAAGCAGCUGGCACUGGCGGCCGACGAGGGCUGGACAUUGGGCCUCAAGCUCGUGCGCGGGGCGUACAUGGCGUCGGACGAGCGGGCGCUGAUCCACGACACGAAGCAGGCGACGGACGCGGCCUACAACGCCAUCGCCCAGGGCGCGCUGCGCCAGCACAUCGGCGACUUCGGCAGCACCCGCGCCUUCCCGUCGGUCAACCUGAUCCUGGCCAGCCACAACCGCGACAGCGUGCUGGCCGCCCACGAGCUGCACCGCCAGCGCGUCGCCGCCGGCCUGCCCACCGUGCCCGUUGCCUUCGCCCAGCUGCACGGCAUGUCGGACGAGGUCAGCUUCGGCCUGCUGCAGCUGAAGGCCGAGGGCCAGGGCCCCGAGGUGUACAAGUGCUCGACGUGGGGCAGCUUGGGUGAGUGCCUGGCCUAUCUGACGCGGAGGGCGGCCGAGAAUCGCGACGCGGCGGGCAGGACAGCCGACGAGUAUGCGGCGCUGAAGACCGAGGUGGGGAGGAGGCUGAGGGCGGCGCUGUCGCCUUCCCGGUGGUUCGGCGGCGCGAGAUAA